CUUUUCUUUUCUUGUUCGUCAAUGCGCAGUGUAUUACGGUAAAAGGAGGCGGGCUCUGACCUACAUGUGCGUCGCGCUUUGAUUGACAUGGCGGAGUCUCCCAGUACGCGUUGCGCCGCGAUAGCAGACAGGCAAGAUUCGACCCUGGGAAUAAAAAAACACGCAGCCCCGUCUGUUUGAACAUUAUUUCAUUCCAGCGAGGUAGGGCAGUUCAGUGAAUUUCUCCAUGAAUGUACGUCACAAUGAUGAUGACAGACCAGAUUCCACUGGACUUGGCUCCGCCCCCCCUCCUGAACGGGGAGGUCCCUCUCAUGCCUCACAUGGUUAACGGUGAUGCAGCACAGCAGUUGGUACAGGUGAUCCUGGUGCAGGUGAACCCGGGAGAGACGUUCACCAUCCGGGCGGAGGACGGCUCACUGCAGUGCAUCCAGGGUCCUGCUGAGGUUCCCAUGAUGUCCCCGAAUGGGUCCAUCCCCCCCAUCCACGUACCCCCAGGAUACAUCUCACAGGUGCUGGAGGAUAACACAGGGGUACGCCGGGUCGUGGUGACCCCCCAGUCUCCAGAAUGCUACCCUCCCUCCUACUCUCCGGCCCUCUCCCCCACACACCACCUGCCCCCAUACCUGGCUCACCCUCACUUCAUCCCCAACUCUCACUCGUUUUACCCCCCCGUCAGCCCCGGGGAGCUGCCCCCCCACCAGUACUACCAGCACCACCUUCCCCCCAUGUAUGGCGAUCCAGAAAUCAUCCCAGUAUAUGGGAUGUCUAACUACAUAGGUAGAGAGGAGACGUACAGUAAGCCCCAGCCCAAAAAGAUAAAGGAACAGAGACAACUAGAGCGACAGAACCGGCUUAAUUCGCCUCCCUCCACGCUCUAUAAGGGCAGCCUGGGGCCAGCACACAACGGAUACAGCAACAAAUCACACACCCCAUCGCUUGGGUCAGUGGGGUCAGGGGGCGGACUCGGCAGUCCAGGAGGGAAGAAGCCAGAAAGACGACUCCGCAGCAGUCCACGAAACAGUGAACCAGAGACACACACACAAGACCCUGAUUCAGAAGGAAAGCGUAUUCAAGACAUGCUGUCUACAAUCGACAAACCACAGGUGUCCAAUGUGCAGGCGCGGGCUGCACGGUUGGCCUGGGCCCCCCCGGCAGGGCUGGUGAACAGGCAUGGUAACGGGAUGCCAGUGUCCUGCUCCUACGAGGUUUCUCUCUCAGAUAAGGGACGAGACGGAAAGUAUCGCCUCAUAUACAGUGGCGAAGAAUUGGAGUACCACCUGAAAGACCUAAGGCCAGCGACAGACUACCACGUACGGGUGUCGGCAAUGUACAACUCUGUUCGAGGCUCGUGUUCAGAGGCCGGAUCGUUCACUACACACUGCAGCGCCCCCGAUGUCCCGUUAUCCCCGAAACUCUCCCACCGCACCAAGAGCACCCUCACCCUACAGUGGAAGCCCUCAGGCGACAACGGAUCCAAAAUCACAAACUACCUUCUGGAGUGGGAUGAGGGAAAGAAGAACAGUGUUUUCAGAGAAUGUUACUUUGGGAGCCAGAGACACUGUAAGCUGACACGACUGUUCCCCGCCUGCGGCUACACGUUCAGAGUGGCUGCGUACAACGACAUUGACUCAAGUGGCUUCAGCACAGAGGUGGUCUUUUACACCAUGGGUACCCUGCCUGCUCUGCCUCUGGCACCGCGGCUGGUCAGGGCGGGGGUGUCCUGGGUGACCCUGGAGUGGGGGCGUCCUGAGGGCAGUCCGAGCGAGGAUCAGCUCAAAUACACACUUGAGAUCCAGGAGGACAACAGCGGAACAGACUUUCAUCCUAAGUACACUGGAGAAAACUUGACCUGUACUGUACAAGGCCUGAAGAGGAGUACACAGUAUAAAUUCAGGCUCAUAGCAUCGAACAUGGAGGGAAAAAGCAGUCCCAGUGAAGUGCUGGUGUGCACCACCAAUCCAGACAAACCAGGCCCUCCAUCUACACCCUGUGUCACCGCAGUAACGCCCUACGGAUUUACCAUCACAUGGGAUCCUCCCCAGGACAACGGGGGCUCAGAAGCUCUUACGUACCUACUAGAGAUCUCAGAGGGAUGCUCUGAAGCGAGCCAGUGGGAGGUAGCAUACAGUGGUCCAGCAACAGAAUGUGUGUGUGAGCGCCUCACACCUGGGAUCUUCUACCGCCUACGUGUGUGUAGCAUCACCACGGGAGGACAUAGCCCGUGCACUGUUAGUGUUCCGGUCCGUACACUAAGUGUCCCACCAGGGCCCUGCCAGCCGCCAAGGAUUGUGGGUAAAGCCAAACACAAGGAAGUGCAGUUAGAAUGGGAACCCCCUGUCUCUGAGGGAGUAUGUGAGGAGUGUGUGUUCAGUCUGGAGAUGAGUGAGGGGGACACCAAGCCAGCAGAGGUCUACCAUGGGUCGGAGCUUCAAUGCACUGUUGGUAGUCUGCUGCCUGGUGCCACAUACAGCUUCCAACUGCGGGCUGCCAACGAGGCGGGGUUCGGAGCGUACUCCGAGCCAACAGAGGUGACGACUGCAGCGGGUCCUCCUGGCCAGUGUGGGGCGCCACUCAUCACUCUCACCAGUAACACCUGCGUAACGCUCAACUGGGAGAGUCCUGAGGGUUCGGGUACUGAUAUCUCCGAGUAUCGUUUGGAGUGGGCGAGGGAAGACGAACCCAUGGAGCUCAUCUACUGCGGAGCCGCCACACAGUGUGAACUGUCUGACCUGACACCAGCCACCGAUUUCUGCUGCAGGCUACAGGCAGUGAAUCAGGCAGGUGCUGGUCCUUACAGCGAGCAGGUGAGUUUCCGGACCCCCGCGACAAAUCCCGACCCGGUCUCCUCCCUCAACCUCCUGGACCUCGCGACCUCCUCAGAGUCAGGCCACUCCCCAUCUACCUGCCUCCUCCUGAGGUGGGAGGAGCCGAACAGCAACGGGGCGGAGAUUACCUCCUACAUCAUUACCCUGGACGACCAAUCCAUCACUGUGGAAUCAGGGACAAGUCACCUUGUUACCGGCCUGCAGCCAGACAGCGAAUACAGUGUACACAUCCAGGCGGUGAAUGCCAUCGGCUCUAGUCCCUUAAGUCCACGCCUACUGGUGAGGACACGCCCCCUCCCUCCAGCCCCGCCCCCCCUCGAAUGUUCAGCGGCUGGCCCUCAGAGCCUGAAGCUGAAGUGGGGCGAAAAUGCCAGCAACACGCACACCCGUGCCCUGCUCGCCGAUGACAUGGUCUACACACUACAGAUGGAGGACAAGAACCACAGGUUUGUGACGAUCUACCGCGGUCCCAGCCACACCUACAAGGUCCAGCGAUUGACUGAGUCCAGUAGCUACAGCUUCCGAAUACAGUCCGUCAGCGAUGCUGGGGAGGGUCCUUACUCUGACACACACACCUUCUCCACCACCAAGUCUGUACCCCCUGCCCUCAAAGCUCCCAGAGUGCACCAGCUGGAGGGGAACAUGUGUGAGAUCACAUGGGAGACGAUUGCACCAAUGAGAGGAGAUCCUGUGAGCUACGUGCUCCAGGUGCUGGUGGGACGCGAGUCAGAAUACAAACAGGUUUUUAAGGGAGAAGAGGGUGUUUUCCAAAUCUCCGGUCUCCAGGGCAACACUGACUAUCGUUUCCGUGUGGGCGCCUGUCGGCGUUGCCAGGAUACAUGCCAGGAACUGUGCGGACCCCUGAGCCCCUCUUCCUUGUUUAUGCCGCGUCGCCAGGAGACGGCAUCACCGGGAGAGCUGUGCGCCGUGGAGACGGGCAAAGGGGUGGGCCUGAUCUCCAGCGACGAGCGCUUCGCGGCCCUUAUCGUGUGCGUGUUUGCGGGCUUCUCCAUCCUCAUCGCCUGCUUGCUGCAGUACUUCUUUAUGAAGUGAGGGAAUUUUAACUAGGGUAGAAAGAGAAAGCGAAAUCACAGAGAAACUAAAAAAGAAAGAAAAAAACGUCUAUGAAACAACCGAAUGAAAUCAAAACAAACACUUGAGAUGUACUUCAAAGGUUAUGUAUGUUUUUUUUUCUUUUUUUAGUCAAAGUAUUGAUUCUGGCUUUCUUCACCUUGUACCUGUUGUCUUGUGUCUUCACUCAGUUUGGUCUCAUUUCUCUCUACGCCUUCGUAUCAUCGUCUGUCUCAAUUGUUCAGGAGUUCUGUCGAGGGAAGCUUGGUCUUAGCUGUACCUCGGUUGGGAAAUAAACCUGAUAAUCAAGCCUUAAAUAGCUGUGAGCAAAGCAGUUGCUCCUCAGACUGACUUGCAUGUUUUUAUUUUUUAUCUUUUUAAAACAUAUUUGAUUAGAGAAUGUGUAUAUUUCCUGAUGGUCAUUGCCUUACUUUUUUUGUUUUUCAAUGUGUAAUUUGCUUCUUUUUUUUAUUUUUUUUGCUACAGUCUUUAUUCACUUCAGCCAUAUUCCAGUGUAGACCUACAAAGCUUUAGCCAUUCAUACCUUAUUAUUCGGUUUUUAACUACUCUACAGUCAGUCAAUUCAUGCAAUCUGCACCUGCUCUCACACACACACAGACUGACUGACAAAGACACAAUUCACCCACACUUAUGCAGACAUGCGUACACAUACAUGCACACAUGUACAAUUAAAGUCAUAUAGACAGUAAGAAACACAUAUUUCCUCCUAAGAAGUCAAUCGCAUAUCUGCUCAGCUUUUAACAUUCAAUCACUCAUUCAGCUACCAAAGUGAUGCAAUCCAUGUGUGGUGUAAGAUGCUGCUAUCCUGUGAUUUUAUUAUAUCUAAGAAAGAAUGGAAAACCAGUAAUCUAAUAUAUAUACACACAAUAUAUAUAAAUAUAUAUAAAUAUAUAUUAUAACAAAUAUCUAUGAUGCUAUAAAAGUGAUGUAAUAUAAGUGAUGGCAAUGUAAGGUCUGAAGUACAGUGUGAAAGGGGAGGAGUUGACUCUAGGUGCUCAAACAGCAGCUCUGAGGGGCCCUCAAACACUUGUCUUGGAUCAGAAGAUAAACCCUCGUAGGUAUUUGAAUGUUGGGCAUAAACUGGCUCUAGCGUUUAGGAGGCCGGGCUGGGAUUGUUAUUGGCUGCAACUUAACAGAAAAGGGCUGGGCUGAGCAUUUGAUUGGCCCAUCGGUCAGUCCUUUCACAUUGUAACAUCUCAUGUACCAUUGCUCCAGCCUAUUUAUCUGUAGCUUUAGUAGCGAUAUGCCCAUUAGACCCAGAGGUGCUAACAGCCUGUCAGCUAGCAUGGCUUCUCAGAGCUGUGUGUGUGUAAACCAGGAAAGCCAUUAGGAGUUAGCUUAAGCUUUACCCCCCCCCCCCCCAUCCCCCUAACUUGUCAUCAGCCGCCAGCCCGAGCAGUGCUAAAGCUGUAGUUUCUCCUUCCAGCUAGUCUGUGAACCGAUACAUUUGAAGCCUCCUAUUUUCUCCUCCCCUGCUCAUAAUUAUCUGUAAUUACUUUUUGCUCUGGCUGUUCUUCUGCUUUCAAUCUAUCCCAUAUUUCUGCCCAUACACUACUCUCUCUCCCUUUCUCUCUCUCUCUCUCUCUCUUUCUCUCUUUCUCACUCUCUUUUUUAAAAGGUGCUUUAUUGACAUGUAAUCAGAGCAGUAGCACAUCUGUGGUCUCUCCUCAGACAGACAUGUUCUCUGGGGACUUGAACUAAUGUUCACUAACCAAACAAGCCUUUUGACAGAACACAACUCAACAGAACAGUGCGUUCUGACGCACGUAACACCUCCUGACCUCCCAUCUGACUCCUGAACCCCUUAAUUCCAACCCAAAAAACCAAGCCAAGGUACAGCCCAAUAGAUACCCUUAUGAUCCAAAGAAGCCACCCUGAUCUGCUUGAUCAAUGUGGGAAAUGUCUUUUUUCAGGUAGGGUGCAGGGGAAGAAGGAUUGGGUGGGAAGGGGGUAUGGAAGAGUGUCGGGGUAGUAGUUUUUAGCCCCGCCGCUCAGCUCUGAUUGGCAGCCUGUAAUGUACCUCAGGGAUAAGGCCUUACAGAGGGGACAUCUAAGUCUGUCAUCCCCAUCGCUGUCAUUAUUGUCAUUAUAUUGGCCUCUUCUCCUCUGUUUCUCUCUGUCUUCCUCCCUCUUUUAUCUUUCUUUCGUUUUUUGAUGCUGUAUCUUGUCCUCUGUCAAUGCUGUGCCUUGCUCCUGUAUGUGUCAGUAAGCAAAGUGGUUUACUAGCUCAAAAUACCUUUGCCAAAGUUGAUGGGAAAGUUAAUGUAGAGUUCUUUUCUAGGUUUUAUUUAUACUAUAUAUUUGCAUACAGUACUUUACAUGCCAAUUACAGUGCAAUCUUCAUUUAUUUAUUGUUUAAAGAUCAAGAGACAAGUGUAGUUAUAUACUAAUUUUUUUCCUUGUAGCAUGUUAAAUUUUUUUUAAUGGAUGUAUGUUAGAUUGUAUGAUUAAGGCCAGCAUUCCUUAUCUCAGUAACCCUUUAAGUAUUUCUCUUACAGCUGUUGGGAACCUGUAGCUCAUCAGUCCAUGCAUUGCAGUUAUCAUUGCCAUUUCAAACAUGUAACCAAAUGCCUAUGUAUUUAGUUUUUUCAUCUCCUGAUGCGGCCGUGCACAACCGAGCAGUUCUUGUAAUGCUUAGAGAGACAUGUAGCAAAGCAAGGCCUUAGGGUCAGUUCAAGUCAUCUUUAUUGGGAUAAAUGUCGCUGCCUUUGGCUUUUUUUUCUGAUUAGUGUUAUAAUGAAGCUUCUGAUAUAUUUUUACUGUUCUAUUGCCAAAGUGCAGCCUUCUCGUGUCCACUAGAUGUUGCGUUUGCAGUCGUCUAAAGGGUUCUGUGAUGUUCUUCUGUAACGACGCAGCAUUACGAUUAUUAUUGUUAUAUGUUAUUAUUAUUCCCUCAAAAGGAAAAAAAAACAUUAACUUGAUCUGUGAUUAUGCUUCUUUUCAUAUUAUCUUUUUAUUGUUUUGUUUUGUAAAGCAAAAUGUGCCAUUUUGAACUGUGUAGCCCCUUUCGGAGGAGAGUUUUUAACAUAACCUGAUUUCACACUGAAAGGUAAAAAAAAAAAGUAAAAAGGCAAAAACAAUCAUAUGAUGAUUUCAGGCAAAUGAUGACAAUAAUAACAUUGACGAUUCUUUGUUCAGGCUAGUGCUAGUAUAGCAGUAGUUAAUAUUUUUUAUCCAGUAUUUUGCUGAGAGAUGAUAUACAGAGAUAUCUAUAGAGCUAUAGAAUGAGAUGGUAAUACAUUAUGACUAACAGAGGUGAAGCACUUUUUUUUUUUUUAUAUGCCGAGCAUUAGUCUUGAUGAGGUUAAAUUGAGCGAGAGGAGACACAAGGUCCGUCGCUCGGUUCCAAACACUACUGCCAACACCGUCUGUUACGUUCAUUGGCAUUAUUCCGUUGUUGGCGUCACUGUGACAUUGGCAUUACUGGAGCAAGGUCCUGUGCUUCUCAGAUGGCACCCUGCCGCCUGCAGAUACAGCAACGAAGGAAGUACAGUUCUUAGGGAGUACGGCUCCUUUCUCAGGCGUGCCCAUGGCGCGUCUACCUAGCCUGUUGCAUUGUAGUCGACAGGUGAUAUGUGAGGUAUCCUGUCCUUAAACCUCUGAUGUUAUAGGGUUUCCCUAUCCGCAGCCCCCCCUUAAACCCCUUUUCAAGCCUUAUAGCCCAACGGUUGAGCAGAGGUUUUUGGCCGAGCUCAGGCCAGUCAUGUAGAGUCCAAGGUUAACACAGUGUUAACUAAAAAAAGGCUAUGUGUUUGUGGGCUGGUUACUCCCUUUAUUUGCUUUGCUGUUUUGUUAUUUCCCAAUGCUGGUGAUUUUAUAGACACACCCCCCCACCCCCCACCGACCCACCCUGCAGGUUCUGCACAUUUGGCGUGUAUAGGUCAAGAAUAAGAGACUUUUUUCUUUCUUUCUUUGUCCAGAAACCCCACGUCUGUGCCUUCUGAUCAGUUAAUUUCUUUAAUUUUCGUUGUUUUUUUUUAAUUCACGUUUUUGUACGUUUUACAGUAAGUAGAGAAUUUUGACUGAGAAUUUGCCGAUUUGACAUACGUACAGAGACUCACAGGUAUUUAACUAUUUUUUAAGCAAGACAAAAAAAGAAACAUGUUUUUACCUCACGAUUUAAAAACAAAACAUUCCAAUGUUGUCAUGGUCUACAAAUUGAGAAACAACAAAAAAAAGAAAUUCAUGCAUUUCUUCUUGUAUUGUAAAUGUUAGACAAUUUCAUAUGCAUUAUAUAAAAGAAACUGCCAUAUCAAUUUUAAUGUAUAGAUUUUUGCAAAUACUACCCUAUGUAUGUAAGACGUAACUGUAUCGGUAGCGUAUAUAUAAUAUAUUUAUGCCCAAUAAAUGUUUUGAUUUUUUUUUCUGA